GUCUGAACGCGCAGGUCGGGCCGGGGGCGUACGGCGCCCCCUGAAGUGCGGGCUUCCCCCACCCCUGGCGGCUACCCCACCUCCCGCCCCUGCUGCGUGCGCGCGUGUGUCCCUCUGUCUGUCUGCUCUCUCGACGUCAGUGGGAAUUUCCAGCCAGGAAGUGAGAGAGUGAGCGAGAGAGAAAGACAGAGAAGUGCACCAGCGAGCCGGGGCAGGAAGAGGAGGUUUCGCCACCGGAGCGGCCCGGCGACGCGCUGACAGCUUCCCCUGCCCUUCCCGUCGGUCGGGCCUCCCACCGCUGCCGCAGCCCUCGGCCUGCGCCCCGCCGCCGGCCCCGCUCCGAGAGCCCAGCACAACCCAGGCCGGAGCCGCCGCGGCUGGGGAGGCUGCGCCGCCGCGGCCCGGCCACCGCUUGCCCUGCGCUUCCCUCCGCCCGCGCUGCGGACAUGGCGCGGCGCUGACUGGCCCGGCCAGCAGAUAACGCGCGCCCGCUGGUCCCGAUCCGCACCCGGACCCGCUCGGGCUCCGGCUCCGGCCGGCUCCUGCCCCUUGCUUGCGGAGCCUUCAACCCCGCGCCUCCCUGGAGGGGGAGCCCACUGGCCCAGGGAGACCGAGCACGGACUCGCGACCAGGCUCCAGAAUGGCAGAAGAUAAUCCAUAUUUGGCAGGGCAUCAACAAAUAUUUCCUUUGGAUCCUUUGAAUCAUACAAUAUUUAAUCCAGAAUUAUUUCAACCACAGAUGCCACUGCCAACAGCAGAUGGCCCGUACCUUCAAAUAUUAGAGCAACCUAAACAGAGAGGAUUUCGUUUCCGUUAUGUAUGUGAAGGCCCAUCCCAUGGUGGACUCCCUGGUGCGUCUAGUGAAAAAAACAAGAAGUCCUACCCUCAGGUCAAAAUCUGCAAUUAUGUGGGACCUGCAAAGGUUAUUGUUCAGUUGGUCACAAAUGGAAAAAACAUCCACCUGCAUGCGCACAGCCUGGUGGGGAAACACUGUGAGGACGGGAUCUGCACUGUAAAUGCUGGACCCAAGGACAUGGUGGUCGGCUUUGCAAACCUGGGUAUACUUCAUGUGACGAAGAAAAAAGUAUUUGAAACACUGGAAACACGAAUGACAGAGGCAUGUAUACGGGGCUAUAAUCCUGGACUCUUGGUGCAUCCUGAUCUUGCCUAUUUGCAAGCGGAAGGUGGAGGAGACAGACAACUCACAGAUCGGGAAAAGGAGAUAAUCCGCCAGGCUGCUCUUCAGCAGACAAAGGAGAUGGACCUCAGUGUGGUACGGCUCAUGUUUACAGCUUUUCUUCCGGACAGCACCGGCAGCUUCACAAGGCGCCUGGAACCUGUGGUAUCAGACGCCAUCUACGACAGCAAAGCCCCCAAUGCAUCCAACUUGAAAAUUGUAAGAAUGGACAGGACAGCUGGAUGUGUAACUGGAGGGGAAGAGAUUUAUCUUCUUUGUGACAAGGUUCAGAAAGAUGACAUUCAGAUUCGAUUUUAUGAAGAGGAGGAAAAUGGUGGAGUCUGGGAAGGAUUUGGAGAUUUUUCCCCCACAGACGUUCAUAGACAGUUUGCCAUUGUCUUCAAAACGCCAAAGUACAAAGAUGUCAACAUUACAAAACCAGCCUCUGUGUUUGUCCAAUUAAGGAGGAAGUCUGAUUUGGAAACCAGUGAACCAAAACCUUUUCUCUACUACCCUGAAAUCAAAGAUAAAGAGGAAGUGCAGCGGAAAAGGCAGAAGCUCAUGCCCAAUUUUUCGGAUAGUUUUGGUGGUGGUAGUGGUGCUGGAGCUGGAGGCGGAGGCAUGUUCGGUAGUGGUGGUGGAGGAGGGGGUACUGGAAGUACGGGCCCAGGGUAUGGCUUCCCCCCCUAUGGAUUUCCUACAUAUGGUGGAAUCACUUUCCAUCCUGGAACCACUAAAUCCAAUCCUGGAAUGAAGCACGGAACUGUAGACACCCCACCUAGAAAUGACCAUGAAAGUUGUGAUGAAAAUGAUGACAGUGAUGCUGUAACUCUUUCUGGGAAAGUAAUUGAAACCACAGAGCAAGAUAAGGCAUCCAGCUUUGGGGAUGAUGAGGCAGCUCUGACCUAUACAGUGGGAGGGAAGGAAGAGAAUUGUAGGUUUCAGGAUAAUCUCUUUCUAGAGAAGGCUAUGCAGCUUGCCAAGCGGCACGCCAAUGCGCUCUUCGACUACGCGGUAACAGGAGAUGUGAAGAUGCUGCUGGCUGUCCAGCGCCAUCUUACUGCUGUGCAGGAUGAAAAUGGGGACAGUGUCUUACACUUAGCAGUCAUCCAUCUUCAUGCUCAGCUUGUGAGGGAUCUGCUAGAAGUUACAUGUGGUUUGAUUUCUGAUGACAUCAUCAACAUGAGAAAUGACCUCUACCAGACUCCUCUACACUUGGCAGUCAUCACCAAGCAGGAAGAUGUGGUGGAGGACUUGCUGAGGGCUGGAGCUGACCCAAGCCUUCUGGACCGCUUGGGUAAUUCUGUUUUGCACUUAGCUGCCAAAGAAGGACAUGAUGGAAUUCUCAACAUCUUACUCAAGCACAAAAAGGCAGCACUACUAAUCAACCAGCCCAACGGGGAAGGUCUGAACGCCAUUCACCUCGCCAUGCUGAGCAACAGCAUGCCGUGCCUGCGGCUGCUGAUGGCUGCCGGGGCCAACGUCAAUGCCCAAGAGCAGAAGUCUGGGCGCACAGCACUGCACCUGGCUGUGGAGCAUGACAACAUCUCCUUGGCUGGCUGCCUGCUCCUGGAGGGUGAUGCUCAUGUAGACAGUACGACCUAUGACGGAACUACACCCCUGCACAUAGCAGCUGGGAGAGGAUCCGCAAGGCUGGCAGCUCUUCUCAAAGCAGCAGGCGCAGAUCCUCUGAUAGAGAACUUUGAGCCUCUGUAUGACCUGGAUGACUCUUGGGAAAAAGAGGGAGAGGAUGAAGGAGUCGUGCCUGGAACCACCCCUCUAGAUAUGGCCACCAACUGGCAGGUAUUUGACAUAUUAAAUGGGAAACCGUAUGAUAAAUCAGAGUUUACAUCUGACGAUUUACUGGCACAAGGUGACAUGAAACAGCUGACAGAAGAUGCAAAGCUGCAGCUCUACAAGUUGCUAGAAAUUCCUGAUCCAGACAAAAACUGGGCUACUCUGGCACAGAAACUAGGUCUUGGGAUACUUAAUAAUGCCUUCCGACUGAGUCCCGCCCCAUCUAAAACUCUUAUGGACAACUACGAGGUCUCUGGAGGAACAGUGAAAGAGCUGAUGGAGGCUCUGAGACAGAUGGGCUAUACUGAAGCAAUUGAAGUUAUCCAGACAGACUUCUGUACCUCAGACACUGCAGCCACCAGCUCAGCACAGACGACCUCUCAGGCCCCCUCGCUGCCUCUCUCGCCUUCCUCCACAAGGCAGCAAAUAGAUGAGCUCCAGGACAACGAAAGCAUCUGUGACAGCGGCGUGGAAACAUCUUUCCGCAAACUCAGCUUUACAGAGUCUCUGACCAGCAGCAGCUCAUUGCUAACUCUUAACAAAAUGCCCCACAACCAUGGGCAGGAAGGAUCUAUAGAAGGCAAAAUUUAGGCUGCUGGCAGUUUCCAAACACUGUGCAAACCAAAGCCCUGAAAUUCCACUGCAUUGUCCAAAACAAGGAAGGUAAAGUGCAUCCAAAGGUGCUCAAGGAAAACUGGCCUGCCUGAAUUAUUCUGGGUUUAAUUCAAGGCCUUUAAAACCUGGCUUCCUUUCUUGGUUCUUAAAUUAAUUUUAGUUCGGUUCACUUACAGAUAGUAUCUAGCAAUCACAGCGCUCCGCUGGUCUGUUGCAUUAUUGCAGGUGAGGUAGCUUUCUGAGCUUUACCAGCUGCUAAAGGAUUACAGUUGCUUUCUGAUGUUGCUGCUGUCCCUCUGCUGCGCCCCCGCUGUUAUUAAAAGGUGUCAGAGUCCCCACUCGGUGUUCUUUCUAGCCAUCCACAGCAUGGUCGUGCAUUCAGAUUAAGGAUUAAGAAAAGGGAUAUUUUCAAAUGAGUCACUUGGUGUACAAAAGAAGGCUUUUUGCUAAUGUGGUUAUCUCUGUGAUUUGAAAAAAAGAACAUGUACAUGUCAAUAUUUAAACAUGGUUACAAUCAGUGCUGAAAAUGGUAUUUUCCUCUUUUUCUGCAUUUUGCUAUUGUAAAUAUGUUUUUUAGAUCAAAUACUUUAAUGGAAAGAUGUUGGAUUUAUAAAUGCUAUUUUUUAUUUUACUUUUAUAAUAAAAGGAAAAGCAAAUUGAUGAC